AGCAUUGGCAGAAUGGGCUCCUUUGACCACAACCUGUUUUGAUCUCUCUCUCCUCUGGAAUGCCCAAUCACAGUGCCAGCAUUCAGGCACUUCCAUUUGGACGACCCUCCGAGGGCUUAACAGUCACUAAACUACCUCUGCGAGCUCAAUGUCAGGAAAUUUUUCAGCCUGAAACAACGAUCCCAGUUUUGCCACAGUACUCUGUCCUGUCUCUGCCUCCUCCAGGAAACCUUUUUCCCAUUCAAGUUAGGCACCUUAUCUUACCUAAUGAGGUUUAUAUCCGCCUCGGCCAAGAAGCUGGUUCGAGCCCCUUGAGUGACACAGAUGAAAGUGCAAUCGUCUGGAAAGCGGAGAGCCUGGAUCGAGUGCUGCAGCGCUGGAAGGAUAGUGUGACAUCCCUUCUUCUCCUGACCGGCAUGAAGACGGGCAUGCCUUGCCUGGCACAAACUCACGAUGACUUGUGGAGUAGAGAAAUAAUCAUUUCCAUUAACAAACUGGAUCCUCUCUCAGUUUUGGUGCAGUUCGUUGACUCUGGGACAUAUCAGAAAUUGCCACCAAGCAGGUUACGUCAGAUACCCGAUGACCUUAUGUGGUAUCCAGCACAGGCUGUCAAAGUUACUUUGGCCGGGUUUAGACCGCCAAAAAAGGAUUUAGAAAAAAUACGGAUUCCUUAUUAUCCCAACUGGAGCCUGAAAGCAAUAUGGGCUAUGAUAGAGUGUCUUCGGGGCAAACGACUUCAUGCUCUCACUUUGGGGUUCUAGUAAAAGCCGUGGAAUUUGGGGAGAAGAGCAGAAGAGUGAUGCAUAGAACGGAUUUGUGAUAUGCUAAGUUUUAUGUAAUAUGAGGUGUCAUCCAAAGCAAAUGUAUGUUGGGUUUGGAACUAUUUUCAGAUGCUGAAAAAAGAGUAUUACAAUAAAAUUCGCUUC